CUUUGAAGGCAAAAAUAUUUAUCUAGUUGUAAUAAUAUAAAUUCUGUUAAUUGAUUUUUAACUCUUUGGAGUCAGCCUACAGACAAAACAUGGGAGACUUAAUUAUGAUUAUAGAACAAAUCUGAAUGUUAUCCAUCUUGACAGUGUGCAAGUGAAGUGCAGCUGACAGAUCUGGGAGGCAGAGGGAGGGAGACGCAGAGGCGGCAUUGCUGGAAACUUCCUCAUAUAAAGCCUAAAUAGGUUCUGAACGAAUGCAUGGUGGCCUGAAAAGCAGUUUCUUCUUACUGGAGAGCCUGUGGUUAUACUAAGCACCACUAGGUGGCAGUGUGUCUACGUGGGCUCAUCACCAAAAGUUCCCAAGGUCACUGCCUUGGUCAGUUUGUGGAUCAUCUAGGUAACUAGGCCACCACAUUUCCCACCUGGACUGGUUCUGGCACAAGCAGGUGUCCGGGAUGAGUUGCCAGACUGAUGGAGAAGGAGAAUGAAGGCAAGGAGGGCAGAGAGCUAAUCGCACUCACCAGCCUGUGUAGCAUCUGAUUGCCUUGUUCCCCGAUUAAACAGAGUCUGAGAUGUGCCUGUGUUUGAAUAUUUCUAUUCUGGGAUCCUGUCUGCAUCCAAAAAUUGCGAGUUUGAGGGAGACACUUCAUAUCCAAACCCCAAUGUGGGUUGUAUGUGACUUAUCUGUGCUCGCACACUCCUCCGCUCGCCUCUGCCUAUGCACUGAUAUGCUGGACUGAGAUACCUUCCCACCCAAAGGAAAUCUCCUUGAGCCUGAAGGUGCUGGAACUCUGAAGGCUUGUGGUCAUUUUGACUUCUACAAAUUGAAACAUCCUCAUCUUUUAAGUUGAACUAAGUGUUCACAUCCUGAACGCAUAUGCCAGGUUGGGAAGACUUAAUUACACCUUUAUAUGUGGCUUCCUUCUUUGAAUGUAGCUGUGCUGGAGACCAUUGCUUUUAUGUGGAAAGCCUUCUCAGUCCUGAUGCUUUUAUGGCUUAUUGUUAUAGAUUCUACCAAUCUUCUAAAGCAAUGCUGCUGCUGUGGUCGCUGGCCCUGCUGCUGGGAGCAGUAGCAGGAAAAGAAGUCUGCUACGAUAGACUCGGCUGCUUCAGCGAUGACUCCCCAUGGGCAGGAAUCGUGGAAAGACCCCUGAAAAUACUGCCCUGGAGUCCAGCAGAUGUCAACACCCGCUUCCUCCUGUACACUAAUGAGAACCAAGACAACUACCAGCAAAUCACUGCGGAUUCUUCCAGCAUCAGGAGCUCCAAUUUCAAAACAAGUAGAAAAACCCGCUUCAUCAUUCAUGGAUUCAUCGACAAGGGAGAAGAAAGCUGGCUGGCCAACCUGUGUAAGAACAUGUUUCAGGUGGAAAGUGUGAACUGCAUCUGCGUAGACUGGAAAGGUGGCUCUCGGACCGGAUAUACCCAGGCCUCUCAGAAUAUCCGAAUUGUGGGGGCAGAAGUGGCCUACUUAGUUGAUUUCCUUAAGACUGAAUUAGGAUACUCACCUUCCAAUGUCCAUGUCAUUGGCCACAGUCUGGGUUCCCAUGCUGCUGGGGAGGCUGGAAGAAGGACCAACGGGGCCAUUGGACGAAUCACAGGAUUGGAUCCAGCUGAGCCUUGCUUUGAGGGUACACCUGAACUUGUCCGACUGGACCCCAGUGAUGCCCAAUUUGUGGAUGCAAUUCACACUGAUGCUGCCCCAAUAGUCCCCAACUUAGGGUUUGGAAUGAGCCAAACUGUGGGUCACCUAGAUUUCUUUCCAAAUGGAGGAUUAGAAAUGCCUGGAUGUCAGAAGAAUAUUCUCUCUCAGAUCGUUGACAUAGAUGGAAUCUGGGAAGGAACUCGUGACUUUGCAGCAUGUAAUCACUUAAGAAGCUACAAGUAUUAUGCUGAUAGUAUUGUCAACCCCACUGGCUUUGCUGGAUACUCUUGUGCCUCUUACAGUGUUUUCUCGGCAAACAAGUGCUUCCCCUGUCCAAGUGGAGGAUGCCCACAGAUGGGUCAUUAUGCUGACAGAUUUUCUGGGAAAACAAGUGGAGUGGGCCAGAAAUUUUUUCUGAACACUGGGGAUAAGAGUAAUUUCUCACGCUGGAGGUACAAGGUGUCUGUCACACUGUCUGGACAGAAGGUUACAGGACACGUGCUAGUUUCUCUGUUUGGAAAUUUAGGAAACUCUAAGCAGUAUGAAAUUUACAAGGGCACUCUCCAAUCAGGCUAUACUCAUUCCAAUGAGUUUGACUCUGAUGUGGAUGUUGGAGACUUGCAGAAGGUCAAGUUUAUUUGGUAUAACAAUGUGAUCAACCCAACACUGCCUAGAGUGGGAGCAUCUAGCAUCACAGUGGAAAGAAACGAUGGAAGAGUGUUCAAAUUCUGUAGUGCAGAGACUGUGAGAGAGGAUGUUCUGCUCACCCUCACUGCAUGUUAGAAGGCAGCUUACAUGUGUCACUGUAUAUUACUGCUAAUAAAUCUAGUAGUGAAGCAAUA